AUGACCCCAGAAAAUUUCAGUCCAAGCAAUACAACUGCUGCACCUGAUGUAGAUGAUUCUUUGGAUAACUUGCAUCAGUCUUUCAACAUCAUAUCUAUCGCGGUUUUCUCCCUGGUCUCUGUCCUCGGUGUGCUCGGGAAUGGAGUGGUUAUCUGGGUGACCGGGUGCAAGAUGAAGAAAACUGUUAACACAGUUUGGUACCUCCACCUUGCUGUGGCCGACUUCAUCUUUGCAGCAUUUCUGCCCCUUAGUGUGACAUCCUUGACUUUAGGGCCCGACUGGCAUUUUGGCAAUUUCAUGUGCAUGCUGAAAACCACUCUAAUCUCACUGAACAUGUUUGCCAGUGUCUACAUUCUAGUGGUGACCAGUGUGGACAGAUGUGUGUCUGUGGUGUGGCCUGUCUGGGCUCAGAACCACCGAAAUGUAUGCAACGCAUUCUAUGUUGGUCUGUGUGUUUGGGUGGUGGCUUUGAUUCUCAAUAGUCAUUUUUUUUUUUUUCAUGCACAUAAAGACAGGAACGAAAACACAAAUUACUGCUUCAGCAAAUUUUUUUUUGAAAAAGCAACACCAUCUGUCUUUCAGCCGGUUGUCAUAACCCCUUUCCUACUAAGAUUUGCAGUCCCCUUCACUGUCAUUGUCUCUUGUUAUGCUGCCAUCAUCCAUCGUCUCAGGAGAAACCACAGCCUGGCCAGCCAAUCAAGUCGCCCCUUUAAAGUUAUCACUUCCAUUAUCGUUGCCUUUUUUCUGUGCUGGACUCCUUAUCACAUCAUUCAGCUGAUGGUAUUUAUUCCACCAAAUGAAAAAUUUAACUAUGCCAUUCUAAUUGGGAUCUUUGUUGCCAAAAAUUUGGUCGUUCUUCACUGCUGCUUGAAUCCACUGCUGUAUGUCUUCUUGAGACAAGAUUUUAAGGAUGAAAUCCGAAAAUCCAUCCUGCAUGUGCUGGAGAGUGCCUUCCAGGAAGAGGAGACACGCUCUCCCAGUGACAUGAAGUCAGUGAACACCAGGCAGAGCAGAGAGAAGUCAGAUUUGAUUACUGAGGUAUAAGGCUG